CACGUGAUGGCGAUAGGCUCCUUGCGGUGGCAGCGCGGGAGGGCGCUAACAUUUCGCGUGUCAGAUGGGCAGCAGGCGCAAGUACCUGCGACGUUGACAGCGGCACCUCGUUUAGUUGAUUGCGCAGUGACAUCUGUCACUCAGCCCAGCUACCAGUGGACACUAAGAGAAUGGAUACCUGCCAUGAUGUUGAAUGGGCCAUUCUGAUGAGCAAAGUGCCAAGCAAACAGUGCUCCUUUUUCUUGUUUUACCAGUAUGUAGACAACUCCCUCAUCGACGAUGGAGGUGCAAAAUGCUGCUGCCUGGUGAUUGCCGUCAUGGCGCUCUUGUUUUAUAUCUCACUUGCAGGUCUUGCUGCAACCCACCGCCACUGGUGCCUUUGCACUACGUACUGUACGACUGUAUGAUAUGAUGUAAACAGACAGCACUGAACAGGAAUCUUUUUUGCCCUGAUACCUUCGAGUAAGUAGGUUCCUAGCUCUUACAAUCUCGGACCCUGAGUCCCGCCCAUCACUCAUCUCACCACCAAUGACGUACCUUGCGAGCCCACAUCGUCCUGUCCACAUCCCGAAAAAUCGGACUUCUCGGCCGAUAUGACGGUGAAGCGCGGGAAAGAAAAACAGCUGCAAAGAAAAAACGACAUGAAAUUUUCUUUCUUCUCCUGCAAUCAGGGGUUCUCGCUAGCACUCACAUCCCAGCCCAGUAUAUUUCAAAGAGAUCUCUAGUUCGUCGGCAAAUAUGAUUAGGGUAUAGCUUGCCGGCGCCCGCCUGUAUAAGAGCGCCGGCUAACUUUUGCGCUCACCGCAUUGCUCGCAGACUCAAUUUUCCGUCGUGCCGCUGAAGCGCGAGGAAGGGCUGCGGAAAAUAGACCAGGUAUACGUACAUGCUACUGUAAGAGCGUAGGCCUAUAUUGGCCUAUUCGGCGCAUGUACAAGCUGGUAGUAAUACUGUAGGUGCAUUGCAAGAAAAUUUGCACACUUGCCAGCUCCUCGAAAAGAGCUGCCUGAUUUAGUCCCUUCGUCUAAAAACCGCCAUCCGGUGGCUCGGUGUCCAAAACUGGGACUUUCAAAGAGGGACCCGCGCGCGAUCAUUAUCGCGAUCGCAUCGCACACGAUGCGCGGCAGCAAAAUCACCAUCACAAAGGCCAAAAGC